GCGUCACCAACUCGCAAACCAAGCCCUUUUUCCUGCUGUGCCGGCCGCGGAUGCACUCUUCGCCUUCUUGCUACAACGGCUUUUUUUUGCUUACUUGCCUGUCUGCUCACUGCGCCUGAGAGGAGGAAAGGUGCGAUUCACGAACCUGUUUUUUUCUCCCUUUUCUCUCUUGACGUGCGGAACAUCGCACACGGCAAUCCACACACACACAGUGACACGCCCAAACGCACACGUGCAAGUAGGAACUUCUACGCGCAACGAGCGAUGUCGCUCUGCCCCACUAAUGCCGGCACGGCUGCCAUCUCCUCAGCCGAAAUCUCCCACGUUGGGGACACAACGGCGCCGUUCGUCGCGUCAGACCCUUGCGACGGCCCAAAGCAGCUCAACGCCGUCUUCUUGAACGUGUACGACGUCAUCGGGGCCAACGGGUGGCUGUGGUACGUUGGCCUCGGCGUACACCACGUCGGCAUCCAAGUCUACGACGACGAGUACCAGUAUGGCCGCUGCGAGGAGGGCACCGGUGUCGCCAUGGUGGAGCCGCGCCACUCGCAAGGGCAGGUCUUUCGCGAGCAACUCUACCUCGGUCAAACCAACUUGAGCUCCGCCGCCGUGAAGGAGUUGGUGGAGGCCUUUCGGCAGAAGGACAGCUGGCAGGGCAAGCAGUACCACCUCAUUAAGCACAACUGCAUCGACUUCGUGCAGGAGCUUAGCAGGGCGCUGUUGUCGCCGGAGGUGCGCGUGGCGCAGAUGCGGAGGGCAAACCGUAUCACCUACGAAAGCUGGCCCACGGAGACCGUGGAGGUGGAGGGGAGGAAGUACACGGUGCCGGUUCUGAUUCCCCCUCACAUCGAUCGCUUGUGUCGGCACGCCAAGGCGUACCUGCCAGAGUGGGCCCUGCAAAAUCUAGACAACAUGGACAAUCCUUUUCCUCAGGCAUAG